AUGAGCGAACAUUGCGCUUUUUUUCCAGUCAGAGAGCUAAGUACCUGGGUGGGUCCGAAGUGGACCAUCAAGUGCAGAGUGACCAGCCGGUCACAGCUGCGUCAGUUCCAAAACAAGAAUGGUGCUGGACAGGGAAUGGUGUUCUCAGUGGAGCUGCUGGAUAGAGAAGGAGGCGAGAUUCGUGCAAGCUUGUUCAACGAAGCUGCGGAGCAGCACUAUGAUCUCAUGCAGUGCGGAAGAUGCUUCACGCUGUGCAACGGCAGCGUGCGCCCUGCCCAGAAGAAGUACAGCGUGCUCAAGCAUGGCUACGAGCUGGUGUUCGACGGCAGAUGUCAGACACACAUGGUAGACGACGACACUGACAUCGGAGCAGUGCGUCUCGCCGUGCAGAAGAUUGCUUCAGUGACACAGAUGGCUGUGCCUAGCAGCGUGGAUAUCUGCGGAGUCAUCGUUUCAGCGGAGCACCCUCAAGAGUUUCAGACCAAAGAAGGAAAAGCUUUAGUGAAGCGAGAGAUCACCGUGGCAGACGACAGCGGCCACAGCGUGCUGAUUACCUUGUGGGGCGACAGAGCCAGAUUAGAUAGUCGCGAGUUUGCCGGCAGCCCCGUGGUAGCCCUCAAAGGAGUUCAGGUCAAGGAGUGGAUGAGCUGUCGAAGCGGCUCCAUGGCGGAAGCAGGACCCAUGAUACUCAACCCAACCUUCUUGCCAGAGGCGCAGCGGGUAGCCGCCUGGUGGUACAAGGGAGGCAACCAGCAGAGAUUGACCUACAUCUCACAUUCGAGCAGCCCAGCUGGUAGUCUUCGACCUCCACAAAGAGCGACCUCGGUAGAGAUCUCAGCGAUGUUGCAGCAGGCUGUGAGGGAGCAGCAGUCCUAUACGCUCAUAUGCCGACUUGG